AGAGUCCAACUUUUGUUUUGUUGCCCAAUAACUACUUUUAAGCAAAACUGAGAUAGAGCGGAGAGAGGGAGAGAGAGCUGCUUCUCGUCAGAGAAGGUGGCGGUUAGGUAGUGGUGCAGCUGCUCUCCGGUGAGCGGAGGGUGAAGUUCGCGCCUUUUUUUUUUAUUUAUAUAGAGAGAUAUAUAUCAUCAUGGGUCAGGGACUGAGUUGUGCAGCGAGUCAAGAGCAUGCGUUCUUCACUGCUGUGCAGUUGGGUGAAUUCGACACCGUAAAUGCUAUGCUUGAGAGAGACCCAUCUCUCCUUCAUCAAACUACUUAUGAUCGCCAGUAUCCGCUACAUAUUGCUGCUGCCAAUGGCCAGAUCGAGAUUUUAACAAUGCUUCUGGAGCGAUCUGUGGAUCCUGAUAUGGUGAAUCGUCACAAGCAGACUCCGCUUAUGUUGGCUGCAAUGCAUGGCAAAAUCUCAUGUUUGAAAAAGCUCAUCGAAGCAGGGGCAAAUAUUUUGAAGUUUGAUUCACUUAAUGGAAGAACUUGCUUGCACUAUGCUGCUUACUAUGGCCAUUCGGAUUGCCUUCAAGCUAUUAUUUCUGCUGCUCAAUCAAGCCCUGUUGCUGUUUCUUGGGGAUAUGCACGGUUUGUCAAUAUCAGAGAUGGUAGAGGAGCAACACCAUUGCAUUUAGCAGCCCGUCAAAGACGGCCUGGAUGUGUACAUAUCUUGUUAGGCAAUGGUGCUCUUGUUUGUUCUUCGACAGGAGGAUAUGGUUCCCCGGGGAGCACUCCUCUUCAUUUGGCAGCCAGAGGGGGAUCUCUUGAUUGUAUCCGUGCAUUGCUGGCGUGGGGGGCAGAUCGUCUUCAAAGAGAUGCAUCUGGGAGAAUACCCUAUGUAGUUGCUUUGAAGCACAAAAAUGGAAUGUGUGCAGCCCUUCUUAAUCCUUCAUCAGCAGAGCCUCUUGUCUGGCCAUCACCAUUGAAGUUCAUCAGUGAGCUGAAUCAAGAGGCAAAAGCUCUACUGGAGUGUGCCUUGAUGGAGGCCAACAGGGAGAGGGAAAAGAAUAUAUUGAUGGAGGCCAACAGGGAGAGGGAAAAGAACAUAUUGAAGGGAUCUGGGCAUUCACUUCCAUCUCCAUCACAUUCUGCUGAUGGGACAGAUUACAAUAUAUCUGAGGCAAGCGAUACAGAGGUGUGCUGCAUAUGCUUUGAGCAGGUUUGUACAAUUGAAGUUCAAGACUGUGGCCAUCAGAUGUGUGCACAAUGCACACUAGCUCUCUGCUGCCAUAACAAACCCAACCCUACAACCGCAUGCCUUAACCCUCCAGUUUGUCCAUUCUGUCGAAGCACCAUUGUCCGUCUAGUGGUUGCUAAAAUCAAGAACUGUAAUGAUGCUGAUCAAGACAUUGGGGAAAUUGGUUCACCAAAACUGAGAAAGUCCAGGAAGUCACGGAACUUCAGCGAGGGAAGCAGUAGUUUCAAGGGGUUAUCAGCAACAUUUGGAAAAAUGGGUGGCCGUGGCUCAGGAAGGAUUGCUGCAGAAAAUGAGUGGAUGGAUAAGCCUUGACGAUACUUGGUAGCAUUUGGUAAUCGAAGAUUCCAUUUGGCAAUCAAGGAUUCCUUGUAAUCCCAAACAAGGGCAAAAAUAUCGAGGAAUCAGUGUCGGUGCUGGACAUAAUCGGGUAUAUAUAUAUAUUAUAUAUAUUGAGAGAGAAAGAGAGAGAGAGAGAGAGAGAGAUGGCCCCCUUUGGCAAUGUAGAUGUAAAAACUAAGCGAAGACGUGACUUUCAGGGUUUGGAUUGGUAAGUUUGGUAAUGUGAUUGCCGUGGGUCAUAUUGUUGUAGUCUUUGUUUUACUUGAGAUUGAAGUAGCAUUCGUUAUUAUUUUGAGGGUCGGUCUGUUCUGUUCAAUAUCUGAAUUGAUAAAAGAAAGAUUUCCUUUCUUCUUGGAAAGUAAAACCUCCUUUUUCUUGAA